CAGCCACCGAGCGCCUUCUGGCGGAGUCACCGCGAGCCGUUAUUAGCUGGAGACAUCAGUCGGGUUCACGGAGAGGGAGCGGGGAAGCGUUCACACAAAUAAACUUGCAAAUGUCUUGAGAUCGAUCAGCUAAAAAUCUUUCAGCCGUUACACUAGUGUUUUGCACACAAACCGCCAGCCAAACACUCUCGAAACUCGGAGGAAAUAGCUGUUUGUCGUGGUUUUCUCCAGACAGGUCUGUGAUGGUCAAACAUGAGCGGUGAGCGUCAGAAGCGCCGGGAGAAGAUCCAGAGAGCACUGAGCUUCAUCAAGUGUUCUCUGCCUUAUCCGGACCCUGAAGGCUAUGAGGGGUUUGUGGUUCAGCUGGUGUGUGAUCUCUUAGAAGAGGGCAAUGCCUUGUUUCGAGAGGGUGACUGGACACAGGCGCGGGGUCACUUCAGCGAGGCUGUCAAUGUGGCGCUGUAUGCUCAAGCCGAGGGGCUGAACGUUCCCGUCGCCCUGCUGGAGAGUCUGUACAUCAACCGCGCAGCCGUCCAUCAGAACAUGGGCGAGUUUGACAGCGGUGUGAAGGACUGUGAUCUGGCUCUGGAGGUGUGUAAGGACAGCACUAAAGCGUUAUACCGUAAAGCUGUGUGUCUGAAGGAGUCUGGGAAACUGAGAGAGGCGUAUGAGUGCAGCACUGCAUGUCUGCUGGCCUCACCGCAGGAUCAGACGGUCAGUAAUUUGUCCAAGGAGAUCGCAGCCAGUCUGGGCUUGAAAAACAGAAAAGCGUACAUCAGUUCACACAGGGAGAAAGCAGCAGGAUCUGAGGACGACUGUGGCACGCCGUCACCUUUAGAUGAGGCAGGCCUUAGCCAGCUGAUGAUUUUAGACGUCUUUUGUGUUUGUUUGCAGAUUUGUUCUGUUGGGCUGGAGGAAGUGACUGACCCUGCAGCUGACUCUGAUUGGCCGUCUCCUGUCUUGCCCGCGCCGGUCCCUGUGAGCGACUCCCAUGAGGCCCCGGGUCAGUCCGGAGCCGUGCCGCUCUCAGUGCCCGUGUCUCAGUCGCUGGAGGACAGUGAGCUGAUGGGAGACGAGCUGGACAGUCUGCUGGACUGCAUGUCUAAAGAGGAAGACGCAUCACAGAGUGGAGUGGUUCCCAGCUCCCUGCUGUGCUUCCCGUCUCCUCGUCUUCCUCCAGCCUUCUUCUCCUCCUUCGGGGGUCAGCUGAACUCUCUGGACUCCUUCACUAAAGCUGAGCUGAGCCCGAACUCUUCCAGCGGUGAUCUGGACGCGCUGGACUUCAUCUGUCCGUCCCCCGUGUCCCCGCAGCGCCCUCUGGUGGUGGGAGGAGACGCGCUCGACUCACUGUCUGAAUUCAGUCUGCCAGGUGGGAAAGACUGUCGUAGUUUUCUGCCGUCGGUCAAACUGACAGGUUCUCCUCAUACGAGGAAUGGUCACGUGAUCUCGACUCUAUCCAGGCUGUCGAAGAACCCGCUGGAGCACACACAUGAUUUCACUCAAGCCUGCAGCAGCUGCUUCACCAGUACAGGUCCAGGUGUGCUGGAUUUUGAGUUGAGGUCUGAUGUGACUCACAGAUGUAAGAAGGAUCUUCUGCUGUGCAGGAGAAGGGGCGGGGCUAGCUCUCCCUGGAGGCGGAUCCGGCCCCGCCCAACUCGCAACAACUUCCAGGCGUCCUACGUGCUCUGCAGAGAGGUGUUGGAGAAUCAGGUGUGUAAGUACGGUGAGGGAUGCACGUUUGCAUAUUGUCAAGAAGAGAUAGACGUGUGGACGCAGGAGAGGCGUGGCUUACUGGUCAGAGAGCUGCUCUUCAAUCCGCUCUCGACCAAUGAGAGCCAAGCACUCAGCGUCAUCGAGCUGCUGAAGAUACACACGGGCAUGUUCAUGUUCCUCUGUGAGGCCUGUUUUGACUGCAAACCCAGAAUGAUCAGCAAACGCUGGAAGGAGAAUCCAGCUCUGUGUGCCAACGCACCGACACAGCAUCAGUUUGAUAAGAAGAAGUGUCUGGUUCAUGUGGUGAAGAGCAGCGCUGUGAGCUACAGUAAGAUCCGAGCGCUGAGCUCCCGCUGUCAGUUCGAUGUGUGUCUUCAAGAGCUGGCUUUGGCCUGUAAGAAGAAGGACUGCUGCUUCGCUCACUCGCUCAUGGAGCUGCAGAUCUGGAUCCUGCAGAGAGACACAGGAAUCAGUCAUGAAGAGAUCGUGCAGGAGUCCAAAAAACACUGGAACAAACAGCGUCCUGCGGUCGUGGCUUCACACUCUCCGAACAAAAUCACUGCUGCUAAAUCAAAGAGUCCAAGCAGAGCGGAGGAGACGAAUGGGAAGGCGGGUCCCGUGCAGAGAACAGGAAGUGCUGAGGUCAAAGGUCACGGGCUGGAGCUGAUGAUGAAGUUUGUGUGCGGUCAGUGCUGGAAAGAUGGGCUGCUCAGUGAACCGGACCGAGCUCUGAAAUACUGCACUGCUAAAGCUAGACACAGCUGGACCAAAGACAGGAGGGUUUUACUGGUCAAAUCUCAUGAGAGGAAGAAGUGGGUCGCAGUGCGACCUUUGCCUUUUGCCAAGACCUUUCCUCAACAAUACGACAUCUGUGUCCACGUGCUGAAGCAGCGUAAAUGUCAUUACAUCGGGAACUGUAGUUUCGCUCACAGUCAGGAGGAGAAGCACCUGUGGACGUACAUGAAGAACAACGGCUUCAGAGACAUCCAGCAGGUGUUUGACGUCUGGUUCUCCACCUCCAAUCAGAACCGAGCAUUUGACUGCACCUCACCAUCUCAGCCAAUGGAAGAGAAGCAGAUCACCAUGCCGACAGACUUCGCUGAAGCCAUGGACUAUUUCUACUGUCCUCUGUGUGGGAAACACAGUAACAGUGAUCGGCAGUGGCAGCAGCACAUCUCCUCAGAGAAACACAAGCACCGAGUGUUCAGCGGAGAGGGAGAGGACGAGAGCCUGGCCUGGUCCCAUCGCUUCCCUGGACCCCGCUUCUCCAUCUGUCCCAGGUUGGAUGAGGGCUGUGCUGAUGGAGCGAGCUGUGACUUCGCUCACAGUGAGGAGGAGCUUCAGGAGUGGUGCAGACGGAGGGACUUCCUGCGCAGGAUGUUGGACAAAGCCAGAGCCGACAUGCUGAUCUCUCCAACUGACAACAACUUUGGGAUCUACAACUUCCUGCUCCAGAACUGAACAAACAGGCUCCCACUUUUACUGUGUCUAUGAGAGCUCGAUCAGGUGAGAGUUAGCGCAGGUCCUGAUGAGUGUUCACGUGUUUUAAUGAAGCGGAAAGAUGUCAUACCUCCUGAACACAUCUCAUGUUUGAUGAAGGAUCUUUUAUUUCAUGUUCCUUAAAAAGAGAAUAAAUGUUGUUAAUACUCUGAAUAAAAGUAACUUUAUUUUACCUUUA